AUGCUGUUCAGCCUUGCUCUCGCCGGCUCGCUCGCCCUCACGGCCAGUGGGAUGCCCACCUCUGCCUUCGAACGAAGUACAGGUCAAUGUGGCUCCAAAGGCUGUGUCAUCAACGGGAUCAGUAUCUUGGACUGUACCACCAUUACCCUCGGCUCGCUCGCUGCUGGUGAUACGUGUACACCCUGUCCCAACGCUUGCGACUCCAACUCGAACCAAUCUUGUACAGUCAAUGGAAUCGGUAUUUUGGAUUGCGCCAACAUUGACAUUGGGAACAUUCUCAACCAACUCACAUUAGGUCUCUUAAAGCGUGACGAGUCGCCUGCCGACUCGAGGGAUAGGAAGCGCGAUUCAACAUCCUGCGCUAUCAACGGCAUUUCCAUCCUCGACUGUACGACGAUCAACUUGUUUGAUAUCCUUGGUGGUGGUGGCGGUGGCGGUGGAAGUAGUGGAUCCAACACUUGUCCUUCGAGUUCGAGCAGUCAAUUGCCUCCAUCAUCAUCUUCGCAAGCUGUCCCCUCCUCGUCCAAGGCUCCUCCUCCUCCUCCUCCUCCUUCAUCAUCUUCAAAAGCUGCUCCAUCCUCUUCGAAGGCGCCUCCUUCUUCUUCUUCGACAGCCGCUCCUUCCUCAUCAAAGGUCGCACCGUCUACCUCAAAGGUAGCCCCCGUCUCUUCUUCCAGUAAAGCACCACCUCCUUCUUCUUCGAGCAAAGCGCCUCAGUCAUCCAGCAAGGCUGCACCACCCUCUUCCAGCAAAGCCGCACCCUCUUCCAGCAAGGCUGCACCGUCAAGCUCCAGUAAAGCUCCUCUCUCAUCAAGCAAAGCGCCGGCUUCAUCGAGCAAAGCCGCUCCUGCCAGCAGCAGUAGAUCGCCUGUACCAUCUUCUUCUUCUUCCAGCAAGGCACCAGUUCACUCGUCCUCCUCAUCGCUCAGACCAUCCACGAGCAAAGAAGCACCUGUGUCAUCCAGCAAAGCUCACUCAUCUUCGUCCCACUCUACUCCUUGUUCCACGAACACAGCCAUGCCUUCGUCGAGUAAACCUGCCCCUCAACCUUCGUCCAGCAGCAAAAAGCCCAAACCAUCCACUAGCAAAGCUGGAGCCGUCUCAUCGAGCAAGGCCCCCGGCACUUGUACGCCAAAGCCAAAGUGCACCCCGACCACCAUCACUGUCGUCCCGCCGGCGGUCACUGUCACUGUAUCCACCACAAUUACGGUGACUGUCUAGGGAAGGUCUGAGUCAUACGGGGAGAGUGUUGGGGCUCGGUCUGCAUGGAUAGGACACACUUGGGAUUGAAUGAACGAAUGGUUUCUUUCAUUUUCGGAUAGACAGGUCGCUGCAUGUGCCCCAAUGUGCUAGUCGCGGGGGAACUGUAGAUGCUGAUCAUGUUUCGCUGUAUCGUAACGGACUCUGGAUAGAAUGCAU